AUGUUGAACGAUCGUAUAAGUGUUCUGAUACUGGGUAUAUCGUUGAUAUUAUCGCUAAGGGAUAUUUAUGGACAUACGAAAGAAAGUGGUGAUAGGAGUGAUAAUAAUGUAGACGAUGAGGCAGCAUUCAGCAAAGAGUUUGGUGAUGAAGAGAUACGAAAUGAAGAAGACCAGAUUGAAAAUGAUCCCGAACAAGAGAUACGCGUUCGAAAGCCAUCCUCGCAGUUCACCGCACCACCCACCCUCAAAAACUUACCUAACAUGAAAUUUCUGUUUUGUGUAUCGUGUGGUUACCGACAAGCAUUUGAUGAAUUUUCAAAAAUGAUUCAUGAGAAAUAUCCGUCAAUGCAAAUCGAUGGCGCUAAUUAUUCACCAGUUGCUUGGAAAUCCAUUAUUGCACAGUUCGUCGGAUUGUCGAAGAUAGCAAUAAUUGUAUUGAUAGUGAUGGGUCGUGAUCCGUUCCAGUCGAUUGGUCAGCCCACUCCAACAAUAUUCGCUUGGGCUCUUAACAACAAAUUAUCGUCAUGCAUGAUGAUUUUCCUCUUGUCGAAUGCUGUCGAGAGUUCGAUGAUGUCGACGGGCGCAUUUGAAAUCUAUCUCGGUGAUGAAUUGAUAUGGUCUAAACUUGAGAGUGGUCGUGUUCCGUCACCCACCGAACUGAUUCAGAUUAUCGAUCAACAUAUGGAACUGAGUGGUGCUAAAGUAAGAUUUAUUGCUCUUUUGGAACAUAUAUCAGUCAUCUCACAAAAGCCUUUAAAAGACAAGGAUCAAUUUUUUUUCGAAAAAAAAACUUGGUUUCCGAAACAUUUUCUUCAUUUGAAUAAUCGAUGAUGAUAUUACUUGGCGAGCUAUAAAUAUCUUCUUCUGUAUCGCACAGCAUUCUUUCAGUAUUUAUUCUGUUCAUUUCACCACCUCAUGUCGGAAAUAUUCAUUCUCUCGUCGUUAAACAAUGCUCAAUUUUAAUGAAUCAGUUGCAUGAGUAUGAUCUUAAUGUGAAUAAUAUGCAUUCAUUAUAAUAUGUGAAUGAUUAAGCUUGUAAUUCACUGAUGAUUUCCCACUGCACUGGAAUGAAUGAGUAAACGAUUGAAUAGCGAUGUGUGUAUCGCAGGCAAAUCCAUUGUUAUUGAGUCAGUCCACUUUACUUAUUGAUCACUUCUUUGCAUCGCAUUUUUGCUUUGUUUGUUCGUUUAUUUGUUUGUUGAUAGUUUAUGGAUUGAACAUGUGAUUAUAAUAAGAUCACGGCUACGAUUAUGAUAAAUCAGUUGGUUUU